AUGAAGGCCGAGGCAACAGGCCCUGGCGUCAGUCAUCCCGCAUUGCCAAAACCCAAAUCAUUCUCUGGCCCAUGCUCCAGCGCUUCGAAACAACCGUUUGCCUGGACCCGGGGACCGGCGUCCCCGACGACCGUCUUCAAGUCCCGAGCUGUUUAUUUCCACGGCCAAGCCGGUGACGGCGAGGGCCCAAACGACCAUUAUUACCCAAGUCUGGCGGACUGGCUGCGCAAAAGCAGGCGAGCGCACAUGGUUAACCAGCUCCUACAGUUCCGCUGGGCCGUGUAUGCUACUGGCACUUGGCUGCAUCUCAGGUUGGUAGCUUUAUUUAGUCCGGUUAACGACGACGUUCAGCAGAUCAUCAGAUACGAACUGAUCGGUGUGGCCGAGUACGUGGGCCGAGAAGCGCUGUUUUUCGUGGUCGAGAUUCUGAUAACCAUCAUUGCGCUUGCCACCGCCGCUAUGAAGAUCAUGCUGUUCCUGGCUUAUGCUCUCAGAAACGCACUGGGCCGUCUGCUCGGCUUUAGACCGGGAUAA